AUGGCUGAGCCAGUCUCUCAAACCAACGGCGACGGCUUAAUCCCCGGUAUCACAUUCCCGUCGAAGAAGAACUCUGAACCACAACACGACCAAGCAGACAACUCACAACCACUUUCCUUCGAAGGCCCGCUUAUCAACAACCGCCCAACAACCGUAACCCUCUUCAGCACAACCCAGCUCGCCGCUUCUCCCCUCGUACCCUCCCUCAUCCAACUCAUUAUCCAAGCCUUCCGCAAUCAAAAAGAAUCCAACGGCUUCAAGAACAUCCCUCGCGACCGUCUUCAGUACGACAACCAACUCUUCGACGAACUAGGCUCUACGCCAGGAACGUUCACCUACGUCAUUUCCUACACCGGCACGGAGACCGCCAUCGCCACAGCGAGCGCGAAGCGCUACAUCGGCACCUCCGCCAUCUUGGAACCCGCCCCCAACGACCAAGCGAACACGUUCAAGCGCUUCGGGCUCGUAGACGACGACACGGAGGCCUGGGAACUGAGCACCUUGGCAGUCGAUCCGCAACUGCGGCGGCAAGGGCUCGCCGGCCACUUAAUGCGGAUGCGGGAAGCGGAGGUGAAGCGCCGGUUCGUGGUGGGGAUGGAGAAGGGAGGGAAGGCGAAGUUGCGCAUGUUGUUGACGACGAUCAAGGAGGUUAGUGGGGCGUUCCACCUUGGGCGAGGGUUCAAGGUGGACUAUGAGGUCAGGUAUCCCGAGGGGCAUAUGGGUGCGCCGUCGGGGUUUACGGUUGUGCAUAUGAGUAAGGAUGUGCCGCUUGAUUGUUGA